UCAAGUGAAUGUAUUAAAUGCAUAGACAAUUAUUACAUCCAACUAGGACAAUGUACACAAAACAAUAAUAAAUGCCUUAUUCAAUAUGGUAACAACUGUCUUUCAUGUAAAGAUGGCAUUCUAUCGGAUGGGUUGUGUUAUACAUAUGACGAAAUCAACUGUGGAUUGUUUACAUAUACAUGCAGAAAGUGUGGAGAUGGGUACUACAAAGAAGAACACUCGUGUGUAUCCAAAGAACAGUAUUCAAAUUGCACGCAUAUUUCUGUUAUUGAAAAGAGUUGUGUUCAUUGUGAAAAUGGGUAUAAUCUUGAAGAUGGAAAAUGCAAUAAAAAAGCUGUACAAAAUGAAUACAAUUUAUAUCUAAAAUAUACUAAUAUGAAUAUCAAAGCAAAUUCAAAUGAAACACACAAUUGUUUUGAAUUAACAGAAAGUGGAUGUCUUCGAUGUUUAGAUGGUUAUUAUUUAGACAAAAUGACAUGUAAAAAAUGUGAAGAACCUUGUGUCAAAUGCUCGAAUCAGACAUAUUGUACUGGUUGUAAUGCAUAUUCAAACAACAAAGAUGGGACAUGUGAAGAGAUCAACUCUCUCAUUGAAGUGUGUGAGGUCAUGAUGUCCACAUACACGGGCUGUGUCAAAUGUGAAGAUGGGUAUUACAAAUCAAUGGAUGGUAAACAGUGUAAUAAAUGUGAUAUAUCUUGUGAGACGUGUAUGAACGAAAAGAUGUGUCUGUCAUGUUCAGAAAACUAUUAUCAAUCCAAUUCACACUCUUUGUGUCUCAACCAAAAUGAAUUAAUUCAUUGUGCAAAUAAAACGAGAAGUGGAUGCACUUUAUGUGAAUUUGGAUAUUUUAUAUAUCAAAAUGAAUGUCAAAAGUGCAAAGAUAAUUGCACCUCUUGUGAUGCAAAUGAAGAGUGCAGUUCGUGUGAGGACAACUACAUAUUACAGAAUGGGGAGUGUCUCAUCUAUUCUUCAUUAGAUAACUGCAUUUCAUCGAGUUAUUCGAAGUGCUCGCAAUGUGCAAAAAAUUACAAAUUAAAUGACGACCAAAAUUUGUGUGUGAAACAAAAUAAGUACUUUUUGUAUAUUGGUAUCCCAGUGAUAAUAGUCUGUAUUGUUAUAAUAAUACUGACUAUUAUUAUACUCACACUUUUUGUUCUUAUUUUUAAGAAAAAGGAAGAAAAGAAAAUGACAAAUAUCUGUGUUUUUAAAAUCAAGAGAUCAAACGUUACAAUGAAGAAAUUAGACAAUGACAUUUUAGUGAACAAAAGUGAUUUAUCUUUCAAUGAAAAUGAUGUCAAAAUUCCAGUUGAACAAUCAACACGAGAAUUGUUGUGUGUGGGGACACAAGGAAAAGGGAACAUGAAGAUACAAAUAACAACUCGUGAAAAUUGUGAUGAAUAUGACAUCAGAACAGAACCAAAAAUAGUCACAAUGAAGAGCGGAUAUGCUUGUGAAUUUGAAAUAUUUAUCACUCCAAAAUGCACAUUGAAAACUCAAGACAAUUUUGUGAUAGUUUCUCUUAACUUACUCACUGGAAUCACUACAAUGACUAACUUCCCAUUUUCUGUUGAAACUGAAGAAUCAACCAAAUUAAAUUACAAGGAACUAAUUGAAGAGAAGGUGCUUGGUGAAGGUUCCUUUGGUAUUGUUUACAAAGGAACUUUUAGAGGGAACGUCGUGGCAAUAAAGAAAAUGAAACAGAGUGGAAAUGAAAGUUUAAAAAGUGGCGAUUUAUCUGAAUUUGAGAAUGAAGUUUCAAUGUUGGACAAAUUCAGGUGUGAGUAUAUAGUCCACUUUUAUGGCGCAGUCUUCAUACCAAAUAAAGUGUGUAUGGUCACUGAAUUUGCACUGUAUGGGUCUUUAGCUGACUUAUUGAAACGAAUGAAGACAGAUGAAGUUUGUUUACAACUCAGACUUAAAAUGAUGAGAGACGCAUCAAAAGGGAUUUUGUAUUUACACUCAAACGGGAUAUUACACAGGGACAUCAAACCAGACAACAUUCUCGUGUUUUCAUUUGAUGUGAAUGAAACAGUGAACGCUAAAUUAACGGACUUUGGAAGUGCAAGAAACGUCAAUCUACUCACUACUAACAUGACAUUCACAAAAGGUAUUGGUACACCCGUGUAUAUGGCGCCUGAAGUUAUGCAACAAGAAAGAUACAAGAAACCGGCUGAUAUCUACUCGUUUGGAAUAACCAUGUUUGAAUGCUUUAGUUGGGAAAAUGCAUAUCCUUCAAACCAAUUUAAAUUUCCUUGGAAAAUAGCGGAGUUUGUAACUGGUGGUAAUAGACUCAAAAGAAAACAAAUUUCAGAGCAAUUAUUUGACAUAAUUGAAAAUGCUGGCAACAGAAUCCAAAAGAUAGAAAGAAAAUUGAAGAAGUUGAUCAAUUACUAUUUAAUUUAA